AUGGCCACCUCCCGUGCCCAUGUCGUCAAAAAAUUCUGCAACGCUGAGGAGGGCAUCUUAAGUUAUGUCCGCAGCCUCACGUCCUCAUACAACACGAGCAAUGAGUCAUCCGUGGUGUCCGCCUCCGUAAUCAUGUUCGUCCUCGUCGGCCUCUCUUUCAACCUCAACCUCUUCAGCCGCUUCUCCGGCAUCAGCGCCACCCUUGACCCCAAGGUCCGCCUCUUCCUUUCCUCCUCUUUCUCCCUCUUCCUCCCCGUCAUGUCCUACCUCUUCUCCGAGUCCAAGAACGCCGGCUCCGCGGCUCAGGACACCACCACCGGCGACCUCUCGCUACCUGCCGGUAUGAUCCUCAUCUGGAUGCUGCUGGUAGAGCUCCUCCGCAAGAAAGUGGAAGAGGUCCGCAUGCACGGCUACUCCUGCAGCAUCCAGCGUGCUGGCCGCGUGGUGUGGCUCGGCAGCCUCGUCUUCUUCAACAUCCAGAGAGUCGGCCGGAAGGCCGUCUUCGGCGUCCUUUGGGUGCUCUGCGCCACCAAAGUGGUGCAAAGGAUCGCCUUCACUGAGAUUGGCAAGCGAUCCUAUGCGUACGGCAAAAACACGCGCCUCAUCACCUCCUACAUGUCACAAAUAAUGCAGCAAGAUGUAUCAUCUCAGCAGCAGGACCAGCAUGGUUCCCCGUCAACAGACGUCUACGUGGAGCACUGCAUGGUGGCUAGCGGAAACCAUGGUGGCGGAGGCGAGGCCAUGUUGAAGAGGUGCAAGUUGGUCAUUAUGGGUGAAGAAGACUUGGUUAUACAACCCAGCCCAGACGGCUACUAUCUGAAGAAUGUCUCCCCAGAUGACACCGUAGCCACCGUUGGAAAGAUCUGGCAGCAUGCCUGCUGCACCAACCUCGAUCAAGGCCCGCGGCUCAAGAGGUUGUGCCUCUCCUUCGCGCUUUUCAAGCUUCUCCGGCGGAGGUUCGAGCACCUUCCAUUAUCUGAUGCCGAGACUCGUGAGUGCCGUGGCCUACUCUUCAACGGCAUCUACAGCGAUAGGACAGAGGGCGCGGCGGAGGCGCUUUUUCAGAUGAUGAACGACGAGGUGAAAUUCCUCUGCGAGUAUUACCACUCUGUCAUCCCCGUAGUCCUCGCCAGCCCUUUCUUCUUCCUCGCCAAUUACUUCCUUCUCCCCGUGGUGGUGCUCGGCCUGUGCAUCCUGACCGUCAUCCUUUGCGGCUAUGGUGACGCAAGCUUUGCAUUCGCGCACAUCAGGACAGACAACUACACGUUCUCGUCUGACAUCGUCAGCAGCACCAUGUGUCUCCUUUUCCAGGCCCUGAUCUGGAGACCAGCCUUCUUCACCCUAAUGAACUUCUUCAUCACCUUCCUCCUCUUCGUCAUCUUCUUCUUCGAGGAGAUAUGGGAGUUCAUUGUCUUCCUUUUCUCAGACUGGUUCAUGGUGUCCGUGCUCUGCAACUUUGUGGCGAAGCCCCAAUGGCAGAGUAGCCCAACGUACAGUGGCGUUGUUUACAGCUUCCUAUGGGUACAGAGCAAGAUGAGCCAACCCACCAUUAGCUUCAAGCAGUUCUCUCUACUAAACCUCCGGUGGCCACUCGUCCUCAGCAUACCGUCCAUCUUCUCUCUACUCCUCCGAACAGCUCCCGUGCCAAACAAAGCCAAGCACUUCAUCGUUGAAUCCCUCGUGGCACACUGCUGUGAUGGAGCCCCUCUCAGUAAUGGCAAGUCAGCACUCGCCGACCGACCAGAUCUCUUGGCAGCGUGCAAGAGCAAGAGCAUCGUGGAGGUCAUCCUCACCUGGCACAUUGCGACUGCGCUGCUAGAGGCGUGCCCUCCCCAUCGCAACCAGAGCAAGGACUCACACACGGUGGCCACGAGUCUGUCCAGGUACUGCGCCUAUUUAGUGGCCUUCCACCCAGAUCUCCUCCCUGAAAACCCGGACAAUACGGAGCGUGUAUUUGAGGCCGCCAAGGCGGAACUCAAGCGCACGCUUGGCUGUGCUAGCUACUACCUCUCGUGCUGGUGCUGGAGGGUCGACCAGAUCAGAAAGGUGGCGGAGGCGACCACAAUGACAGAAUGGAAGGAGGGUGAGGUGGUGCUCAACGGCGCGAGGCUGGGGAAUUUGUUGAAGGAAGAAGCUCUAAGGGAUAGCGGCGUCCAGUGGGAGCAGACAUGGAAGCUGCUCGCCGACCUGUGGACGGAGCUCAUCGUUUACAUCGCACCAUCAAGCAAAGAGGAUCACGUGAUGGGGCACGAGAGCUUGCUGGUGCAGGGUGGGGAAUUCAUCACCAUGCUUUGGGCUUUGACCACCCAUACCGGCAUAACCCGCCCGGAAAAUUACUAGUACGGAUGUCUUUUUUGCAUGUGUAGUUUGGCGGCCGAUGGCUACAUAUGUUGCUUAGAGUUGGUUCUCGACUAUGGGCUAAUGAACCAGGAGAUUCAUUACUUAUAAAGUUUGCAAAUUUUGAAAUUUACAUAAACAUGGUAGCAUUUCAAUUUUGUUAAUGUUGCAUAUGUAUUGGUGUCGACAGUCACAACUGGAAGAUUUGGUCUCGGUAUAAUUUGUUGUCCAUUUU